GCAGAUGUUGCCUCGUCCAGCACUGAUCGACAUGCCAUCGGCGCCAGGAGCAGCAUCAAGGAUGGCCCUUGCACAGGGCAAUGACAACGAGGACGAACCUGCACUUGCAGAAGGCGCUCUGACGAAGCAUGUGUCUGAUCUCGUGCAGUCCACACGACGGAAGUUUACACUCUCGGACAUCCUCGACGAUAAGGUCGCGGUGCUUGACGUGUUGACGUCGUCGCACACCGACAGCCAUGGCGUCGACGAUGAUCCCACAACCAUGACACGAGACCCCGGCGAGGAGGAGUGUGGCGGUCAACGCCACGUGGCCUUCCGACAAUUGUGGGAACGACAUGCGUCGUCAUCACGAGGUAUCCAAUUCCUCAUCGACAUCGAAGAAUUGCAGCGGACCGAGCAGGGCACGAGCACGAGCGACUGGCCUGUCGAUGCGUUGAAUGCAGUGGUGGAUCAGCUGUACAUGGGCAUGACCACAUCCUCGCCCACGCUCAUGCUGAUAGCGACGCGCAUCUUGGCCAAGGCAUUGCGAUGGAAGCGGAAUCAAGCGGUGGUGCUGCGGCGUCAUGUCGAUUUUUUGCUUCACGUUGGCCGUGCCAUGCGAACAUGGAUCGAGUCGACCUCCUCUCCCGACGACUCGAACGCAGUGGGCAUGGCCGAGGAAGCCCUCCAGCACUGGACGACCAUGAUGGAAGUGUGUUUGGUGGGGUCGUGCGCCGUUUGGGCGGCAUGGACGGACAUUGGCAUGUUGUCCGUGUCAGAGGCUGCCACGUCACGCAGUCGGCCCGACGAGGCGGCAUCCAACCACCAGCAUGCCGACGCCGAGCGGCAGUGCGUCGACACGAUGGAUUACGUCAAUCACCGCGAGUACAGCGCCAGCACGACCGAUGCUUCCACUUCCAGCGGCGCCGACUUUGCCGUAAUGGACCAGUACCUCAUGAUGCCGCCGUUCGUGUCCACGGUGCCGUCUGUCGUUCGUUGCAUCACGCACGUCCUCCAACAAACACGGACCCACCAGCUGUGCCCGGUGUUCCUUCCCCUGCAGCUGCGCUUACUCACCCUUGUGGGGUCGCUGUGCUGCGUCCAUCGUAGCCUCGCCAUGACCACCGCGUUGGACCUGCUGGACGACGCGGCCCUCACCACGUUGUUCGACCUGCUGCUCAUCCCGACCAAAGACGUGACCAGCGUCCGCCGACUCGAAGAGGAAGCGCAGUUUGCGAGGCUGGUCGUGGCGGUUGCCGUCGAAGCGUGUGAGGCCGCCCGUCGACCGCAAUGGCCCCUCGUCGCAGAGAAACUGUCGCUCUUGACAUUGACGUUUCGAUGGAUCCAAGAUCAAGCGAUGAAAGUCGCGGUGGUCGCGGCGUCCACGGCGUCGUCCAGCUCCCAAAGAACGACACACGACGACCAACCUUGGGCAGUCACCGACAUACCCUUGCACGAUAUGUUAUCAUGGGAGGGUGAAAGUAGUCUUCAAGUUAUGGACGACGAGAGGCUGUUUGCGUCGUGUGCCAUGUGCCAAGCCCACACGGCGCAGUGGGGUGUGGCUGGUUUGGUCGCCAGCUGUCCGUCGUUGUCCUGCUGCUGGUAUCCUGACGAGGCGAUGGCCACCGUCGCGGCCGUGUUUGAGAGUGCCAGUCGAUGCUACAAAGCAUUGUUCGACGGUCUCUUUCUAGCGUUCGUGUGCCCAAGCACUACAUCUACUACCACCACGGACGACAGAAGCACGAGCCCCACGCAUGCAUUUUUGGAGCACAUUGUGAUGGUCUCUCUGGACAUCUUGAACGCCAGUCGCACUACACUGCAUGGUUUGUCGGUCGAGUUGCAUGCGGCCAUGUUUCUGCGGCGCCUCUUUCACGUCAAUCCGGCCAGCAUGAUCGUCCCGAAUGUGUUGAGAACAGUCCACGCGUGGGGCUUCCUCUUGCACCAUCCCGAGCUGUUUGGGCAGGCGGAAUCGACGGAAGGGGGAGGGAUGGGCCAACUCGUCCGGCGGGGAGAGGGGGCCGACGGGGAAGACGUGUGGGUAUUUGCUCUUCCGGGAGGUGACAGCCGCCUUCGGCACGCCGCCACCCGUACCCACGUGUACACGCACACGCUCCUGUCGAGCCUGUUUGUGGCGGUAGUUGAUUCGUCCGAGGACAAGGCCGCCAUAUUGAGCCAAGUGACGGACGCAGUUGUGCAGCACCAGCAGAACGUCCGGUUUGUGUACUCCAUCUCGCGCACGCUGGACCACCUGGCACGACAGCCGCAUCUCCACUCGGUGGUGUACUCACCGUCCAACUUUGCAUCGCUUGUGGCAGUGCUAACGUCGUCGUCUUCGCAACCGAUACCCGAUUCCAAGACGGCGCUUCAUUGGGUGGCCAUGCUCUCGCUGCUGCGCUUGGUACAUCGGCAUGUAACCGCGGACAUGGCAACUGCCAACGCCGUUCUGCAGUGCGAGUUUACGUCCGCCCAACGACCGACUUCGACACCUCCUUGUCCCCCUCAGCGCUUGCUUCCGUGCUUGUUUGCUUUGCUGCGGCUGCGUCCGUGCGUCCCAAUGGUGCUGGAGAUACUGCUCAUGCUGCUAAAGAGCGCCACGGUGCUCAUGUUUGGACAAAGCGAUCGUCAUCCCGAGGCCACGAGCGCUCGGCUGUUUGACUUUUUGCACGCGCACGUGUUUCACGCGUUCAUGCAGACCAUGUCCGAGCUCGUGUCGUACGUCCCCCACUCGACGACUAAUCGCGUCGGUCAAGAUGAUGGCAUCGAGGCGACCGUAGCGAGUAUGGUCACGUGCGUGGGCCAGCUGUUCUCGUUUCACGCGGCGGCAUCUUGCAAGGACUUGCAGGUGCUUUUCCGAGCCUGCAAUGCGUUUGUGCAUUUGACCAACUUGUUGCACUCUCCUCGGUUUGUCCAGCCCCGCAGUCGGCACAUCCAAAUCACUCGUCAAGUGUGCCAUGUAUUGACGCUGCUCAUGGCCAGGAAUCGCGACUCCAAAGCCGAGUUCCGGACGCUGAUGGCGUCGACUGCCAGCGAUCACGAGCGGGUCGCGUACGAGCCGCUCGUGCACGUGUUCUUGGCGGCCGAGGACGGAACGCCGUCGUGGGAGUCGAUGCAAGUGAUGUGGAACAUGCUCGUAGACAACGAAAGUAGUAACAGCAGCAGCAGCGACCGCAUUCGAAACCCCGACGUGAUUCCCGUGCUGUUUUGUCUGUUUCGACACUGUUCGCCCCACGAUCAAGUGCGAUUCCUGUGCCAGUUCAAGCGACUAUUCCGGCCGUCGUCGCACGACUCGUUGAACCGAUCCAUGUGCUGCUACGUCCAGCCGGGUACGAUGGACCAGCUGUUGGACGCCCUGGAAGGCGGACUGCAUUCACUUCCGGACUUGGCGGACCUGGUCGCCGAGAUCGGGUGGCACUCGGUGGGCGUGCGCCAGCUCAAGCGCAUGUUUCGGCUGCUGCAGGCCGCGCCAGCCUUGAUGGCGCCGCUCGUAGACGCGUUGUAUUACAUGGUUCAGCGCCACGUGGUGGAUCAGCCGUCGAGGUUCUUCUUCUUUGAUGGCGACCAGAGCGGGUUGGAGCUCGCGCCGUUUACUGUACCCGCCAAGGGCUUUACCUUCCACACGUGGCUCCUUCGACUGGAACAAGUUUCGCUAGGACCGCAGGAUUCGUUCAUCUACUCGUGGUUAGACCAGCACUUUCACGGGUAUGCGCUGAUGCUUCGCAACGGACGCAUUGAGUACCACACCCAAACCAAUGUAUGGCCCACGACGAUUCAGUUGGAAUCAAAUACAUGGUAUUGCCUCAGUGUAGUAUACUCUCCGGGGAGUUUUCGCCUACGGCCAGAGAUCACUGUGUUUAUCAAUGGCGAUGUGGCGUGGCAAUCAGAGAUCACUGCUGUGGAAUUUGACGGACCUGUCAAGUAUGGCUACAUUGGGUGCUCAGUGGCCGCAACGCCCGGCGGCCGGCGCGCGAUCGCCUUGUGCGGCCACAUGUUGAUGGGCGCCGUGUACUUCUUCAAGAAGCCUUUGCCUCUAUCCCACAUCCAGCGAAUGCAUCAGCUGGGGCCAGACACAGUGCUAUUUGGGAGCGAGUACGAAUGGAACGAGUGCAUGGCGUGGAGCUACAACCCGAGCGUUUGGGAAGGUCAGUACUUUUUGGACUCGAGCUGCAACUUUCAGGACACGGACCCGCUGCACUCUGCCGCGCGGCGGCUGGAUGGCACGUACCACAUCUUUACACGCAGCGCCGUCGACGUCUUAGAGUGCAUCGGCGGCAUCGCCGUCUUGUUUCCGCUGUUUGCACAGUUUGACACACAAUCGAGCCACGACUUGACCGCGAACGUGCUUAAGUUGCUCUGCGCAGUGCUUCGCGCCAACGCGGCCAACCAGCGCUACAUGACGGACCACCACGGGUUCCUCGUCACGGGGUACCUCCUCAGCCGCGUCUCGCCGCACCACAUGACGCUGCAAGCGCUGAAUGCCAUGCACGUGUUUGUGUUGGGGGACGACGAGUCGCGGCCGUUCCAGGCGCAGGCGCUGCGGUUCUGGCUGGCCGACUUUGCGUUGUGGGUAUUUACUCCGGUCGACGUUCAGAUUCACGUGGUCAAGAUCCUGCACCGACUGGUAACAGACUCGCAGAAAUCGGUGUGGCCAGCUGUGCUCACGGUGCGAAAGGUGCUGGACGACCUGCGGUUGUACUAUUGGUUUACGCCUCCAUCACUUGUGUGGCAGCAAGAAGCUACGGACCGUGAAGCAACAGUGGGGACAAUAAUGGAAGGAGGGCAUGAUGACGACUUGCCGAGCCUGUUUGAAGUGCCCGGCGGUGCCUUCAGCAAGCAAGAAUGGAUCCAUCCAGAGACCAAAUGCAGGGUGGCCACACAUUUACAACCCGGCGACCGGCUGCUCGUGCGCGCCGAGCUGUGGAAACUGGUCGAGAUCAUUUGCAGGCAAAAAGACUCCGACUUGGACCAAGAAGACGUGAGUGCGCUGUGUGGAUUCUUGGCAUUUUCAGGGGAUGAAUGCCAAAAGGUGGAUCUGUUGAUGCUGCUUCGUCGUCUCCUGACAACCUCGCCACUGGCGUUCCGCCACCAUUUGAUUCGACUGGUUGGAGAGGAAGCUCAAAAGCUCGCUGGGCCUUCGAGUCCUGUGACCAACGACUUUUGCCCCAGCAGUGCCUUCGGGUCGCCCAUCCAAGCCCACGACUUGCUCUUUGCCCUGGUCCUGCGCCGGCCAAACGUGACCAUCCCCGUCAAGUUGCUCGCCUUCGAGUUGCUCGUGGAGGUGUUCACGUACAAUUCGCAGUGGCCAGCAAAAACGACCACCCCCCCACAUACUCCUCAUCUUCCUUCGUCCAGUGUCUACUUGCUGUGUGCGAUGGACUACAUUGAAGACUCGUACAACGACUUGGCCCGGCUUUGUUUUCGCUUGCUACUGGGCUCACCAACUGUGGCCAAGUCGGCCGAACCACCACAGCCGCCGCCGUCCUCCUCGUUGGUCAUUCAAAACCCGUGCGUACUUCCGUCGCUGCUGACGACGCUGCUAGUAUGCGACGCCAGCCUCUGUUUGGAGAUCGUCCAGGACCUGACCCAGCUCCUUGGACGACACAAAGCACGCAAUAAUGCCAGCCUAUUCAAACCGUAUUCGAGGCUCGUGGUGCUUCUGCUGCUUCGGUUUUCCGACUCGGCAGACGUCGACAGGUGCGUCAACCUGCUGGGGACUCUCGUUGUGAGCCAACUGCAGACGGAAGAGGACGGGUGGUGUGUGUAUCACGCCAUCUCGUCGUCCAUCAAGCGGCUGGUGGCAUCGCCGGCCUUGUCCUACACUUUGCGAUGCCACGUCAUCGUGUACGUGCUCCAGCACUUGAGCGCAGAGCACGCCACGUCGUCACCCCGCCAACCCUCCCCCCUCGUCAACAAAGCGUCCAAGUGGCAGUACUUGUCGCCAGACUCGGAGCGGCAAAAGUGGUAUAUUUUCUACUCGAACGUGUGGUAUUUGGUGUUUGCGAUGGAAAUCGACUUGUGUGACACUGGACCCGAGCCAUUCGCGUGGUCUGUGGCCACCGCCGUCGUCGCGUUGCUACAACAAUUGGAGAUGCAGUACUGGGUGACGUUCCCACUUCAAGUGGACGCGCUGCACCCGUGGCUGUCUCGAAAGGGCGGCAUGGUGCGAUUGGUUGUGCAUCUGCUUGUGGCCGGCGUGGCCAGUCGCGCGCCCGACGCCAUUGGAUUUCUGCGGGCGUACGUGUUUCACGACUCGUUCCCACAUGCGCGCAAUGAUUCUUCGAUGGUCCUCACGUUGAUUCGCGACGUGGUGGGGCUGCUCCGAGCCUCGUCAUCGUCUGCCUAUCCCAACCGCAGCAUGAUCAUGGAUGAUGUCCAGUUCGUUCGGGAGUUGGUGCGGCGGCACAGAGGCAUGCUGCAGCUGCUUCUGCUCGACUCGAAUGAAUCGGUCUUGCACGGGAAGUCUACUGACACGAACGACAGCGUGCUCCGCCUCUUGCAAGUGGAAACGCAGUUAAACCUCCAGUGGUCAAUCUGGGACUCGGUGAUGCCACCCGACUCCCACAACACCUUGUGGCAUAUGGAGAUGACAUUUCAACGCAUUGUGGCGGUGGUUCUAGCGACAAAGCCACUGGUGCACUGGGAGCUGCUGUCGACCUUGUGCAAACGACAGCGAUACAACGCACCUGCGAUGGACGCGAUGGUGGUGAAUGCCAGGCGGGCCGAGAGGGCUGUGUGGAAGGUCACGAGCGAAGCAAUGGAAAAACAGAGGCUCACAGCCAGCCACACGUGGCAGCGUAUCCUGCGGUCGCUGACAAACGAGCGGGGACCGUGGGGACAACCGCCGCUGCCGGAUGUGGCGUCGGCAGUGAGCUGGAAGCUCGACGGAUCGGAGAACCACAUGCGACAACGUAUCAAAUUGAAGCGGUACUACAACGCCAAACAAGCGCCGGUGCCGCCGACUGUGACGUGGCUGUCCCCGGAUGCCCAGAUUUCCCUCGCGACUGAACUGUUGCAAGCCAAGGCCCUGGCGUCAUACAACGAAGACUUUUAUCGAAAACACACGCUCGCAUUGUACGAAGACGACGACAACGACGAUGUCAACAACAGUGGGGACAACCAACGGAUGAUCCGCCCCAGCGGCAGCGUCGACGUCUCAUUUGCAUGCGAAUGGAUUGCCAAGACUAAAGUCCAGCCAGGUCGCAUUCAAAUAGGACCAACGUACAUCACGUUGCACGUGGAGGCAAAGAAGAAGCCGAAAAAGUUUACUUUGCACGACUUGGUGUGCAUUCACUUUCGACGGUACCAGUUGCAACCUAAUGCACUGGAGUUCUUUUUUCGAGACGGCGUAACGUUGUUUGUCAACCUCCACGACCGCAAGACAUGCCAAGAAGUCGACCACGUGAUUCGGUCCAUGUCUGUGCCCCGUCUAUAUCCGCUGGGCGGCCGCAGCCCCCGCCAGUUGUUUGAACGGUCCGAUCUCACGGAGCGGUGGGUCCAGCGCAAGAUAUCCAACUUUGACUAUUUGAUGCACUUGAACACGAUUGCCGGUCGUACGUACAACGACUUGGCGCAGUACCCGAUAUUUCCGUGGGUGUUGGCCGACUACACGAGCCCGACUUUGGAUCUCAACAACCCCACGACCUUUCGCAACUUGGAGCGCCCCAUCGGCGUCCAAAACGAUGCAUCGAUGGCAUUUUUCAAGGAGCGCUACAACGUCCUGAACGUCGAGUACCAGCGGUCAGUCAAGGGAUCGACGUCGAUGGACGACAUGCCGCAAUUGCCGCCGUUUCACUAUGGCACGCACUACUCGACAUCGGCGUUUGUCGUGGGUUUUCUCAUUCGAUUGCAGCCGUUUAUGAACUAUCACUUGCGUCUUCAAGGCGGCAAAGUAGACCACGCCGACCGGUUGUUUCAUUCAAUCGACGCCGCGUACAAGAGCUGCACGUCCAACCCGAGCGACGUGCGCGAGCUCAUUCCCGAGUUUUUCUACUUGCCGGAUUUUCUUGUCCACAGCAGUAGCACCCACGAGCCGUUGGGGGUCAAGCAGAAUGGUGACGAGGUCAACCACGUCGAGCUGCCUCCAUGGGCGCACAACUCCCCCGCCGAGUUUAUCCGGCUGCAUCGGAUGGCAUUGGAGAGCGAAUACGUUUCGCUGAACUUACAUCAUUGGAUCGACCUUAUCUUUGGGCACAAGCAGCGUCCGCCUCUCUUUGGCGGCACUUCGCACGCCGUGGACGCAUGCAACGUGUACUUUCACCUAACGUACGACGGCGCUGUGGACCUGGACACGCUGAAGCAAACGGAUCCCCAUCUAUACCACACGACGCUGCGGCAGAUCGACUGCUUUGGACAGACCCCGGCGCAGCUGCUGUUCCGCCCGCACCCGCGCCGGACUUUGGCGACGGAUGUGAUCCGUCCGCUGUUUCAGGCGCUGUCGGCGGGUCUUGUCGGGUACCCCCGCGUCCGGCUCAGUCGGUUCCGGCGCCCGCUGCUGUUUUUGUCGAUUGACGGCGACUCGUGCGUUGGCAUCGACACGAAUCGCAACGUGAGCGUACACAAGUGGCAUGCGUGCCCGCCUGACCACGAGCCCCCGUUUCACCUCACGACGCGUCCGUCCGUGCACUAUUCGGUCGGCGUCCCCUUUGCCACCCACGCUGUCACGACGUACGCCGAGACCGCCGUCGUGCUGUCGUCGUCUCUGUUUAUCACGUUUCGAAAGCACUUGUUUUCGUGUGGCCAUUGGGACCACAGCAUUCGACUGACGCAGCUCGAGACGGGCCGGCCGAUCCAAACGCUGCGCCAGCACCACGACGUUGUCACAUGCAUCGCCCUGACCGACGACGGGACGUACUUGGUCAGCGGAUCCAGCGACAACACUGUCAUGGUUUGGGCGUUUGACGUUGAGUCAGAACAGAUGGUGCCGCAGCAUACGCUGUACGGCCACGACGACGGCGUGACAUGUGUGACAGUGUCCACGUCGUACAACGUGGUCAUUAGCAGCAGUCGCGACGGUACGUUGAUUGUGCACACGCUGAGCAACGGCCGAUACUUGCGCACGAUUCGCUCUCUGUCACAGCACCACAAACCGUCGCGGCUAACUUGGGUGGGGCUCACUCAAACGGGGCACGUCGUCACCUAUGGCGAGUCCACGUCGACGCUGUACUUGUACUCGAUCAACGGGAAGUGCCUCGCCAGUGCCGUCGUGGAUCAAAAACUGCACGCGUUCUACUUGACCAAGGAUGGACAGUCUGUUGUGGUGGGGGGGCGUGGGCAGUCCGUGGCCGUGUACCGCCUCCAUGACAUGCAACUCGUCCUCGAGUUCGACGGCAGCAGCGACAAGUCGACCGCCCCCCGGGGCUUCCAGAGCGCCAUCCACUCGCUUUGUUUAUCCAGCGACGAGAUGCAUCUGAUGGUUGGGCUGGCCAAUGGUGAUGCGUACAUUUAUACCCCCAACGCUGCCUACCUCCGGGAACGUCUGCAAAAGCGUCUCACGAAUCUCGGAUUCUAAUCCUAUUUAGUGAUAAUCAUAGUGUCAGGUAUACUGCGACAGUAAGUGUGGCAGCAAUGUUCUGAAGUUAGGGUAACUUGGUCCUGCAUCUUGGUGUGUCGUCGUCGUCGUUGGCUUACUCCUUGUCUGUGGAACUUGAAUCAAAGGCCAACUGGGAAUCACGUUAUAUCGAGUCGAAACGCUUCCUUGUUCGUGGUGACGUGUGACCCACAAGUCUGCAUGUCGGAGUUGAGCUGCACCAACACUGCUUCGGACGAGUGUGCUCGUGCCAUGGCUGCGGUCACUUGAGUUUGCAGUCGAUUGAUGAUCUCGCCCUUGGUGGCGAUGGCGAUUCGCACACGUUCGUGCAGCUUGUCCAGCUCUCGCUGAUGCUCGGCGUGGAUGUGCCGCUCGACUUCGGCGUGCGCCGCUGCUUGUUGCUCAAGACGGCGGGUGGUUUCCCUUGCCAGUUCUUGUCGCUGUUGCGCACAGGACUGCACCAUAGUCUCGUACAGGUGCUGAAAGUGGCUCACUUGCGCUUGUUCGUGGGCCAACGCCUGCUGCAGCCCUCGAAGUUUCUCGUCUGUGUGGGUUUCGUCGGCUUGGGCCUUGAGCAGCUGCGCCGUCAGUUCGCGCACUCGGACCUCCAUGGACUGAACUUGCUUCUUGGCAACAUGCAGCGCGUCCUCGAGGACCUGCGCUUGCUUGUCCAUUUCGGUCAUGACGAUCUUGAGCUCGUGCUCGGAGUGGGCUCUCAACUGUUCGAUCUUGCCAUGCACGGCGUCCUUGACUUUGAUUUCAAACGCAUGUUUCCACGCUUUCAUCUUGGACCGCACGGCGUCCACCGUGGCUUGGCAUGUCUCGUUCGUCUGGGCGAGUUUGGCGUUGCACAAGGCUUGGAUCUCGACGACUUUGGCAUCGUACGAGUGCGUGAGUCGCUCGAGGUCUUCAAAAUGCUGCGUUUCCACCUGCUGCUGCCACGUCUCCAUGUCUUUUUCCCGCUCUUGCAAUUGCAUGGCGUUGGUUUCCAAGGCAUCUGUAUGCAGGUUUUGCUGCUGCUGGAGCUGAUCCAUCCACUGCGUUUCCAUAGUUUUGUACGCAUCGGCCACGUUGGACAAUGCUAGCUCAUAUGACUCUCGAAUGGCAUCGACAUGCUCGACGAGGAUGUUUUCACGACCGGGUCGAAUACCCGAUGUCCGAACGAUCAUGGUGUGUUCGGCCAAGGCGGCAGACAUGUCGCGGCGGCAUAAUUGCAACGCCUUUGUUAAUUGAGACGACGCGACCCCGCUGCCAACGACGACGGCGCUCCCCAUCGACUGGAGCUUUAACUGUCGUACGGCUUGCUUUGUCGCAUUGUAUUCCUUGGCAUCCAGCGCUGUGCACGAGGAAGCUACCAUCCUUUGGCGGUUCAACGUGAAUAGGUUGAAACCGC